AUGUGAACACGAACACUCUCUCUCUCACUCACACACACACACACACUGGACUCACUCCUCUUGGAAGGAUGUGAGGAGGCAAAGACAACACACCUCAUGCUCUCUCCUGUCACGCUGCAUUCCAGCCUUCUGCUGUCCUGCUGGGCUCAGCUUUCUGCCUGCUACUGAUGUGGAAGUUCCCAAGAAGCUUCUGCAUGAAACCCAGCCAAAACCAACCAGCUACCAAGGACUUCAGCAACCACAUUUUCCACAGCAGCCAAGGGUGUAUGAUCCUAAUGUUAUAGGGGACGGCGUAUUCUUUCCUGAAGCCUCGCCGGCCAUUCUAGAGCGCGUUCUGCCAGAGAAGAAGAAAGGGAGGUCGGCUGCCUUUUACCCGCUAGACAACAGCCCCUUGCUGUUUCCAGUGGAUGAGACACAGCGGCCAGUGGAUAACAGCAGCAUGGAGCCCGUGGGCGUUAGCACAGAGAUGGCCUUGCUCAGCAACAUCCUAGCAGCGUAUUCCUUUAUCACAGAAAAUCCUGAGCGUGCCGCUCUGUAUUUCGUCUCUGGAGUAUGCAUCGGACUCAUUUUGACCCUGCUGGCCUUGGUGCUGAAGGUGUCCUGCCGAACUGACUGCAAACGAUCCCCGGGGAAAAAGCCGCCUCAGGAACCGGAGAGUGACAGCGAGAGCAGUGACAGCGAGGACGAUUCGGACACCACUUCAGACCUGUCAGCCCGCAGGCACCGCAGGUUCGAAAGGACUUUGAACAUGAAUGUCUUCACCUCGGCCGAGGAGCUGGAGAGGGCUCAGAGGCUGGAAGAGCGGGAGCGCAUCAUCCGGGAGAUUUGGAUGAAUGGGCAGCCGGACAUACCGGGGACCAGAAGCCUGAACCGCUACUACUAAGUGUUGGGAAAUCCCACAGUCCGGUACUGCAGCCUUGGUCUUCCUGGGCCUGCUAAAGAGAGAGAGGAAAGGAGUGUGACAUUGGUGUCUCCCCUUUUCCUUUCAGAAGGGCUAACUGGAGCAGUGUGGAUGGACAGCAAUAAAGCUUUCACCUUCCCCUUUUCCCUGACAUAUUGCUACCGACACUAGGAAAUCACCCCCCAGGAUUUUCUCUCUGGAAUCAGUCUGGUCACAGCAGAGGUGGAUGCCAGCUUCUCCUCUUGGUGUAGUUCAGCAGUGGGUGGGAGGCACACUACGGUACAAAUGCUGCUCUCAUGCUUGCCAGGGAAACCAUCAGUGUUCUGCUUUCCCCAAAGAUUUCAGGAGAAUCGAAAGCAAACUGAGACUCUGGGUCCGCUAAAGGAAAGAUAACAUGGGGAGGGAGGCACAAGUGCAUGAUGAGUGACUGUCUUGUGACUUUGGAAGCCAUGAGAUUAAUCUAGUUAAAAAAAGUGACUUUAUAAGAUGUGGGGAUUCUUAUGCCAUGAAAUCGUCUUGGUGCUUGGACGUUCAACAGUGUGUCCUGUUAUUUAAGAUGGUGUUUUAAUCUUGCUUUUCAGUGGCAGCAUUUUUUUACUGACACCUCAGGGAUAAAAUCCUUUUUUUUUUUAGUAUGUUUCCCCAUCUCCUUACUCACAAACCAACCUGCUCCCAACAAUGAAAUUAUGGUAUUAUAGGAGAUGUGUCAGUGAUGGGUGAAAUGUUAAACAGCCUCAAAGAGGUUGAAAGGGGGUUUGUUUGUUUUGAGUUGAGAUAUCUAGAUAUAUAUUUGAAGAGGCUGCACAGCAAUGUGCCUUAUUCUUUUCUGUUGUUAAACUACAGGUUUCCAUGGAUAGUGAUGCACAAUGUUUUAUAUAUUUUAUUAAAAAAAUAAAAGAAAAGGUUUGUAUUUACCAGAGGAAAAUGGGGGGAUGGAAUGGGCCAAAUAUGCCAGCAGGAUGGGAAAUAAAUGCAAAAUAAACUCUGCUUUGUUUAUAUCUA